AUGUCUGAUUCCAAUGCAACUGAUUUCACCAACCCCUCCACCUUCAUCCUGCUGGGCAUUCCUGGCCUGGAGACAGCCCAUGUCUGGAUCUCCAUCCCCUUCUGCACCAUAUACGCCAUAGCCAUCUUGGGGAACUUCACCAUCCUGUUCAUCGUGAAGAUGGAGCCAAGCCUCCAUGAGCCCAUGUACUAUUUCCUCUGCAUGCUGGCCAUCACCGACCUGGUCCUGUCCACGUCCAUCCUGCCCAAAAUGCUGAGCAUCUUCUGGUUCAACUCCAGGGAGAUUGAAUUCAGUGCCUGCCUCAUUCAACUAUACUUCAUUCACUGCUUCUCAGUGAUGGAGUCUGGGAUCUCUGCGGCCAUGGCUUUUGAUCGCUAUGUGGCCAUCUGUGAUCCCCUGAGACAUUCCACCAUCCUGACAAACCCUGUGGUGGCCAUGAUUGGCCUGGCCGUGAUGCUGCGUGGCUGCAUAAUCGUACUGCCAACUCCCUUCCUGGCGAGGCAGUGGCCAUAUUGCAGAACUAACAUCAUCCCCCACACAUACUGUGAUGGCAUGGCCGUGGUGAAACUGGCCUGUGCCGACAUCCGCAUCAAUAGUUACUACAGCCUCUCUGUGGCAAUCUUGGUGUCUGGAUUCUUUGUUGGUUUGGAUGUGUUUUUUAUCACUCUAUCCUACACCCAGAUCCUCAGGGCCAUCUUCAGCCUCCCCACAAAGGACGCCCGGCUCAAGACUUUUAGGACCUGCGGCUCCCAUCUCUGUGUCUUCUUAACCUUUUGCAUUCCAGCUCUCUUCUCCAUCCUCACGCACCGGUUUGGCCAGAAUGUGCCCCUGCAUUUCCAUGUUCUCAUGGCCAACAUUUACCUCCUGGUGCCUCCCAUGUUGAACCCCAUCAUCUAUGGGGUGGGGACCAAACAUAUUCGGGACAGGCUGUUCCAGCUCUUUACUUGUAAAGGGACCUAA